AUAUGACUGAAACUAGGAGCACAGAUGCCACUGGAGCUAACUGGAAUCUUCCAAGGCCCUGGGCCCUGAGGGACAAAACCCAAAUGAGAGACUGUCUACCUAAGGAGGUGAAUGAACUGAAAAUGAUCACAAAGUUUCUUCACCUAGAAGCUGGAAGCUUGUUACGGCUUUUCAUAAGAAAAGAAUUCCACCAGUACUCCUCCAGGAAGGGAAUUCCUUUGGAGAUUUCCGUGGAAUUUUGGGGCUUGCCAUAGAGGCUACUCGUGGCUGUUCUUUCUUUGCAGAGGAAUGCCUAGUCUCUGCUAUUGGCAGGUCCCCUGUGAGAAAGACCAGAGGCAAAGUGGUACCUCCAAGCAAGAUCAGAAGAAUCUCAAGUGGAAGUCCCCCAAAUCUUGCAUGCUGUGUUCAGAGGGGAUGGACAUCUGGAAGCCCUGCCUGCCUUUGAAUUGUUACAUCACUGAAUAAUGGAUGAGGCUGACAGAGAAGAGAAAAGGGAUGUACCUAAUAUAUCUGAAAAUAAAAAGAAGGACCGGUUUAAUGCCUUCUUUAAGGAACUGCGUGCCAUGCUGCAAACUCAUGGUUAUCCUGUGAAGGGAGACAGAUCUAAAACAGCGCAGGACACUACCACCCCUUCACAGAAGAAGGAAGGCAAAGUCAAUCCAGAAACCUCCAGAGAGCAAUCUGAUUGGAUUCCAUCGUUUCAUAGCUAUGAAGACUUCAAGUGCAAGACACUACAAUCAUUAGAUGGCUUUAUGAUAAUACUGAGCACAGACGGAGUGAUAAUUUUUGUCCCUGGAAACAUCACUUGUCUCCUUGGCCAUUUACCAAAUGAUAUCGUGGGUAAAAAGUUAUUAAGUCUUCUGCCUGAUCAUGAGAGAAACGAAGUCUUUGGAAAGAUUGCUCUCAAACUUCCUUUGUCAAACUCAGUGGGAAAACAUAUUGAUUUUUGCUGUCAUCUAAAGAGAGGAAAUGUUGAAUAUGAUAACAGACCUACUUAUGAAUAUGUGAAAUUCAUCCUGACAGUCAAAGAUAUUUCAAGUGAGCCUUUGGUGCUCUUCAGCAGCUUCUUCCCAAGCCACUCCUAUGCUGAAUCGUCUCCUACAUACCUUCCUCUGGAGGAUCGAUUUUAUCUGGUGGGGUCCAUUUGUCUCCUCAGGGCUCAGACCCUACGAGAAGUUUUCACUGUAAAGAAACCUGGGGAAGAGGUUCUGCUGAUACAAGACUCAGAUGAUGAGGAGCGUGUAUCUCCUGAACGCAGAAGCCAGGACCAGAGAAAAUUUUCUAGAAUGGAAUUGCUGCAUCCUGAAUCUGCUGAUGCUGCCUCAGAUGAUCAAGCUGAUAUUCUAACGGUCGAGCCGUAUGGCCCCCAAGAAUCUGUUCAUGUAAAUGGGAUAGAGUCUGAUAUAUCUUAUGAUUCCAGCACAUCGUCCCUGGAAAGCUCACCAGCAUCGCCAGCUACAUCAUCUUCGCAGAGCUUUGAUUUCAAACUGGACGGGGAGCAGGUGUAUGAUGUGGAUGAAGUGCAACAAAUGGAUGAGAUGGAAGAGGUAGACCAGAUGGGCGAGAUGGGCAAGGUGGAACAAAGAGAUGAAGAGGACGAGGUGGAGCAGGUGGAGCAGGUGGAGGAAGUAGAGGAGGAGGCCCGCUCACCUUCCAAUGCGGCUGCUGGCAUCAGUGAUGAGCCACAACCACCGCCCUUGAUUACAUCAUACAUCCGCAAGCGGGAGCUGGAGCUGAUGAAAAAGUUUAAGGAGCAACUGGAAGAGAAGACGCAGAUGAUGCAGGCUAACAUCAGAAGCCAGCAGGACGCACUGGAAAUGAUGAAGGAACAGCUUCAGAGAAUGCAGGAUUCCAGCUUUCAGAUGCAGCCACGCGUCUCACACCACCUCGACCGUCCUGAGUCCCAGUCAUUGGAGCCAGUGCCCAAGAAACAACGCACUGAGCAAAUGAAGGAGUCCCUCUCAGACCUCCCGGAGAUCAACCUCUCCAGUGGUUCAUGUUCAUCGCUCUCUUUCAAAUUCUCUGAGGAGUUUGAGGAGCCUUGUGAUGUCUCCAGCCAGCCACUGCUGCAGGGGGAGGACCCGUUCCUGCCGCAGGCGUUGCUGCAGGUGCAGGACCAGCACGUGGGGCAGCCUCUCCUGCGGGAGCUGCAGACACGGAAGUGGCCACAGCCACCUAAUGCCGCAGCGGGAAGCCAGGCGCUGCCGAUAUGCCUGCUGGGCCGGGCCACCGUAGCUGUGCCCCUCUGUGAGGACCCUGGGACGUUCAUGCAGACCCAGCCCACCCAGCCCAUCGCUGUUCCUGUCCAGUUAGUAGCUGGACAACAUGCCUCUGGCUACUAUCAAGAUGAAACCCUGGGGGACAACAAAGAUGACCGUCCUAGUUUUGUUUCUGAGGAGGAGCGGGGGGUGUCUAUGGAUCCAUUGCCACUGGUGUGUAGCCCAGGCUCUGACAUAGUCACUUCGAUCAGCUUUCCUCAGUCUCCCAUAAAUUCUGACUCUAGCCUCGUCACCCUGGACACCCCGCAGGAUUACAUCCAACUUUUGAAACAGCCACGAGAUCCACAGUAUCACCUUUACCUCCAAGUGAAUACUUGGCCUUCCAGUGAGCAGAACACUCUGCAGGACCAAGCCACCCAGCCCCAGGCGCCAGCUUCUGAGGCAAGUCUGGAGGCUUCCCAGGACCCUAACGAAUACUCACCAGGCCAUGUCAGCUAUUUCAUGUCUGCAGAGCCGUCUAGCUUGGAUGAGCACCAGCGCUGGCGGCACUUUCAUACCAGACCUUGAGAGAAGAGGGGCAGACAGGCCGAUGAGGCCUCCGUGACCAGGGAACUCCAAGGCUCACAGAGUUUCCUGGAAUAGGGGUUGGGGAGCGGGGGGUGGACAUUUCCUUUCUUUCCUGAUAAGUUCUGUUUGAGAUUGCUGAGCACAACCUGUUUCUUAGAAGCCAUGUUGCAGAGGCAGCCCAUGACCCCCUGUGUGCUAAUGUGUGACAGCAGCCGGGCCACAGCAGGAGACUGUUGUCCCCGACCUACCUUGUCUGGCCUUGCACACACCUGUUCUACCAUGGGCUGGCAGGCUGCAGAGUCUACUCAAGUUAGAAUACGUUUGUUUGUUUGUUUUCCUGCCAAGAAACAUUUUCCAGCAUGGUUUGCAAUCUAGUAAGAAGCUGUUCUGUCUUAAGCCACAAGAGUUCUAAAACCUUGGCCCUGCAUCUCCUCCACAGUCAUGUUGGGGAAACCACAGGGGAACAGCAUUCCAAUGGUGGGAAGCUGAAAUCAGAUCAACAUAGGUGCUUUGUACUGAAAUAAUCACAACUCCAGUGCUUAAUAAAAAUUGUCUUUCAUU